CUGGAAACGCCCCUGGAAGACCGGAAAUUACGUACUUACAAGUCUCGCACCGGAAGCCGGGAUACGCUGCGCUUGUGUAAUAGAAAUAAACAAGACGGGUUUGGCUGCGCUUGGCAUUGGGACUAAAUCUUAUCGGUAAGCAUCCAGCAACCCUUGCCAUGGGGACGUCUAUAUCCCGGCUGACGAAGCAAGACAGUGAGAGUUGCGACAGCCUGACUGAAGCCUCGGAGUCGGCUAACUCUCACAGCGAGGGCAGCAAGGAUGGUGACGUGUCCCACUACCCCUACAUGGAGUUCACUGGCAGGGACAGUGUCACGUGUCCCACGUGUCAGGGCACGGGCAGGAUCCCGCGAGGACAAGAAAAUCAGCUUGUUGCAUUGAUUCCAUACAGCGACCAGAGACUCCGUCCACAGAGAACGAAGCUGUAUGUCACCGUGUCAGUGGUCGUGUGCCUGCUUCUGUCUGGGCUGGCCCUCUUCUUCCUGUUCCCUCGAUCCAUUGACGUGUCCUCCGUGGGGCUACAGUCUGCAUACGUCACCUACGACCAUAGUAAAAAAAUCGUCUAUCUCAAUAUCACGGACACCCUGAACAUCACCAAUAACAACUACUACUCCGUGGAGGUGGCCAACCUCACAGCGCAAGUUCAGUUCUCUAGGACAGUGAUCGGAAAGUCUCGCCUGAGCAACAUCACCUACGUGGGGCCCCUGGACAAGCAGCAGAUUUCUUUCACCGUUCCCACCAUCAUAGCAGAUGAAAUUAGCUACAUGUAUUAUUACUGCACCCUGCAGACCAUCAAAGUGCAUAACAUCGUGCUCGUAACGCAGGUGACCGUCACCACAUCCUACUUCAGCCAUACGGAACAGGUGUCCCAGGAGAUAUACCAGUAUGUGGACUGUGGUGGGAACAGCACCUCCACACGCCAGCACUCCACGGGGUCCAGUGGUGUGAUGGCCCAGCAGUAACAUCUCCGGUCCGGCCCUGUUAGACACUUCCUGCCACCCCGGUCCCCAAACGCCCCCCAGGCACAUAGGAGCAGUUUGAAGGGUCGUCCUGCUGAGCCGUUGCCCAGAGCGUCCUCCGCAUCCGACCUUCCUGCAUCUCUUCUGGCCUCCUGGUGACCUUAUUUUCGGACACGGCCCCGUUCCCACAGCAGUGCCGCCACGUAGGGAUGGAGCUGAUGGCAGGAUGUCAUCCGGCUGGUCUCUGGCUGUUUCUGCAGGAUUAGAGAUGGCUUUCAGAUGCAUUUAAAUUUCCAUUUAGGGCCAGUGUGUAGCUGCUUGUGCUGUUGUACAUGGUGUUUACAAUAUUUUGGUGGUUUGCAUAUUUGCACUUUGUCAGUAAAACCAACCAUAUAAAAAAGCUUCAAUAUCCAUGCAUUGUAUUGAUAUGAAUU